UGCUGAUCAACAAGUUAGACGUAAAAAUUCAUAAGACAUGAUGAGUUCUUGAAAGACAUUUAUUACCAUUUGUGUAAAUGUUAACUAAGUUGUUAUAUUAGAUUCAUUUUUUCCUGGAUUCCAAAGUCAUCAUUUGCACCAUUUGAACGUUCAACUUUUCCAGCGAGUCAACACAAUGCCUCCUCUAAAACCUGGACUCAGCUCAGCAAAUAAAUCAGCACAAUCUGCUGGAGCCGUCGAUGAGGACAUAUUCUUGAAGGCAUUCGAUGAUACUCCCAAGGUCAACUUGCAAUCGCUCAGAGAGGCUGAAGCAGAGUUUCGCUCCAUGUGUGAUCUUUUAAAUAAUUCCAAUAUUGACUGGCAAAGACGUAUCGAUGCUUUGCGCCAUUUUAGAGGUUUAAUUACUGCCGGCUUAAUGGAGUACAAAGAAAUUGUGGAUAGCCUUAAAUUAAUUGAACUUCCUUUUCAAGUUUGUGCAAAAGAUUUAAGGAGUCAAGUCGUUCGCGAGGCUUGUAUUACCAUUGCAUUUAUGUCGUUCAAGUUGGGUUUAAAAUGUGCUCGUUUUUGUGAAGCUUUGUUACCUACUCUUUUCAACUUGAUACCUAAUAGUGCCAAGAUAAUGUCAAGCUCAGCUUUGGUUUGCAUAAAACUAAUAAUCCAACAUACCAAAUCAGCUCGUCUUAUACCAGUGGUAGCAGCUAACUUGAGUUCUAAAUCAAAAGAAAUCCGUAAAGCAUCUUGUGAAUUCUUAGACAUAAUUGUUCAUACUUGGUCAUCUCACAGUUUAGAGAAACAUACUCAACAACUAGCUGAAGCAAUCAGACGUGGAAUCAGCGAUGCGGAUGCUGAAGCUCGACAAUCAGCUCGUAGAGCAUUCUGGGGAUUCGCCGAGCACUUUAAAGAUCAAUCAGAAUCACUUCUGAAUUCACUCGACCCAAGCAAGCAAAAAGCCCUUUUCAGUGAACAUCCUUCAGUCAGUAACUCAAGUAGCACUAAUUCAUUAAUACAAUCGGAUUCGGGACAUCAUUCACUUCAACCUAGGUUAACAUAUAAUUCGCCUCGUUCCAUGCCAUUUUCAUCAAGCAGCUCUGUUGAAAAUCUUAAUAGACCCUGCAGCAGUCUUUCUUCUAUGAAUCGUAAUCGAUCUGGAAUUCCAAUCUUUAAUUCACCAAAAGUUGAUCCAGUUGCAAGCUCUGCACCCUACCCUCUCCGCUCGACGAGUGCUAUUGACGUGGGCGCAGCAAGGCGGGCAAGAUCCCGAGCUGCUGUUGCUGUCGCCAACGCCAGGUCCAAUUAUGUGUCUGGUGAUCAUUUGACGCGACCUCCAAUCAAAAGGACACCGACAAUAUCAUCAACUAUCUCAUCUAAACCAAAUAACAAUGUGACGCCAACUUCAGACACAAUCACUCGUUCACGAGGUAGAAUAUCUCAAUCUCAACCUACAAGCCGUUCAACCUCACCUAGUAGAACUGGCAUAUCUCCAAUCGAUUCUCAAGCAUCUAGGUCUAGAAGACGUUCGGGUAUUCCUGUGUCUACAAGUCGAGAAACAAGUCCCUCUCGUAGUAUAGCAAGUUAUGCUGCAAUGGAAAGACGCCUUAGUAAUAGCUCAGGACGUUCUAAGCUAAUAGCUAGUGGAAGUGUGGAGUCAAAAACAAGUGGUAAACAAUUAAUGGCGGAAAAAAUAUUACAACAAAGCCAAGAAGCUGAAGCAGCUAUGGCUAGUGCUUUGCGAACUGCCAAUCCCAUCCUUCCAAGGCAUCGGUACGGGUUUGACGACCAUUCAGAUGAAAGCGAGACCUCAAGUGUUUGCUCUGACCGGUCUUUUGGAGGUAGAAAUAUCGAGGAUGUUUCAGAAAUAAUCAGAAAUCUUUCAAGUAACCAUUGGUCUGAUAGAAAGGAAGGUUUACUCAGCUUACAAUUUUUCCUUCGUCAUUCAACUCGCUCAUUACAUACUUAUGAAUUGAAACGAAUCACCGAUAUCUUUACCAAAAUGCUUUUGGACCCUCACACUAAGACGUUCACUUUAUUUUUGGAGAUCCUCAAUGAGCUCAUUAUUUCCUAUAAGCAUGAACUCAACAAUUGGCUCUACAUUCUCAUGACUAGACUAUUUUUAAAGAUGGGCCAUGACACGCUUAAUUCCGUUCAAUCGAAAAUUGCUGAAACAUUGGACUUAAUUCGUGACUCUUUCUCAUCCUGUGACCAAUUGCAUGUGAUAAUUAGAUUUUUGAGUGAUCAGACUCAAACUCCGGGUGUCAAAUCAAAAAUCAGUACACUUCUUUAUUUAAAUUGCCUUUUAUCCACCAUUGAACCCGGAGAAUGGGCCACCAACAGUCAACAUGAGACUCAAGUUGCUUUGAUGAAAAUUAUCUCAUGGACUGCUGAUCCUAAAAGCUCUGAACUUCGUAAAUGCUCAGCAGAAGCUCUUUUAAAUCUUUUUAACCUAAAUGAAACAGAAUGUCUCGACAACUUGUACGGUUUACCUAAAAACUAUCAAGAUGCAGCUCUUCAAGUUAUCAAAAGUAAACGGAGGUCAGCCCAAGAGGCCCAUUUCGCUAAAAUUUCUUCACCUCUUCAUAAUCCCGGAGCAUCAUUUUUCAAUGGCCCCAGUCCAUCCAGACACUCAUAUAAUGAUAUCGAUGUGAUUAGCAGUGGAAGUAGAAGUCAUACAAUCAACAGCCAAACCAAAAAGUUCAACAAGAAUGAGUAUUUAUACGAUGAUGCAGAAAACAUGAAUCCUGAAGAAAUUUACAACUCACUGAAACAAACCACCGAUGAAAUACAAAAGUAUCAAUUUGAGGUUACAAUGGAUAAAACACUGACAAGUUCACAAACUCAGGUAUUUUCUGAGGGACUAAAAAAUGGUUCAAAUAACGAUUCAAAUCAUAUGAAAGCGUUCCUAACGAGUUCUCAGGAAAUUGCAUCUCUUUCCAAGGAUUCUGGAAUAAGUCAAAUUGAUGGUAACAUUAAACCAAUAACCAACACUCCUACCAGACCCAACAAUUCGUCCUGUAAUUCAUCGCCAACUAGAGCUAGUAAAUUAUUCACCGAAAAUUCAGCUACACCUACAUCAUUUAGUGGUAAUCAAAUCGAACCUGAUACACCUGGAAUAGAUAAUAUAACAUUGGUCUUAAGUAAUCUCAAAAGUAGCUCAAAAGAUAUUCAAUUUCAAAAGUAUGCUCUUAAUGAAUUAAUCGAGUUGAUACGAGAAAGUAACAGCCAAAAAUGGGAUAAAUAUUUUAAGGAUAUUUUGAAAGUACUUCUUGACAAGAUAAGUGGUGACCCAAAUAGUAUUAUCCGUGCUCUCUCAUUGAAAGUUAUGUGUGAACUUUUGGUCCAACAGACACACUAUUUUCUUGAUUAUAUUGAAUUAACCAUUCUGAGAAUAUUAGAAGCAAGUAAAGACACAGAAAAAGAAGUUCAAAGUGCAUCAUCAAGUGCAGCAUCAACGGCAGCCGCUGUUUUACCCUCCGAACAAUGUCUCAAAGUUUUAAAAAGUGUUAUAACCACCGGAGAGUUUCCCAUGAACCAGGCAGCCAUCAAAAUGCUUUUAAAGAUGAUUGAGAAACAAUCACAGGAGACUAUUGAACAUCUAUUACCAGAUAUGAUGCCGCCAUUGAUUCAGGCAUAUGACAAUCCUGAAAGUGCUGUACGGAAAGCUGCUGUUUUUUGUAUGGUUGGCGUACACGGUCGAGUCGGUGAACGAAUGAAACCUUAUCUUAAUGGUCUUAGUGGUAGUAAAAUGAAACUCCUAAAGCUGUAUAUUGACAGAGCAAAAAGCCAGUCAAGUGGCAGUAAUUCACCAGUUAAUUCAAAAUAUGAUCUGGUAGAAAUGAAGAAAUAAAGACAAGCUUUUUUAUUGAGACAA